GAAGGCACAAAAUGUAAAAGUAGCCUACGUUCAUUCCUGUGCAUAUAAACGGACCUGCAUCUUAAAUGAACAGCAGUGACAUGUGACGCCGAGGAAGCAAACUGUUACUGAAACGGAAGAAACCUGCUGCAAAACAUUAUCGCAGUAUUUCCUUUGGAUGGUGAUGUGGUGGGGGGAAGCGGUUUGGUAAACGCGUCUUGAGGGUGGAGUGGGAGACGAGCGGCCACGGUGGCUGGACGUCUUGAGCGAACACACCGCCGGUGCUCUGUCGUGGAUCUCUACAUGAUGGUGGUGGGGAAGGGAGGGAAGACACGGUCGUACGGUCGACCCUCCUGUUAUUCACGUUAAGUCGGUUUGUUUUCCUCCCAAACGGAUUUGAGAUACGGAACGGGAAAAGGUGACGGGUUCGGCUGGUGCCAUGUGAAUAACUGAAAACACCAUGAAGCCAUCACACAAGCUGCUGUUCUUUCUGUGCCCCAUGCUGGUCCUUGGCUUCAUCUACUACUCCUCUGGGAAGCUACACCUGCAUGUUUGGGGCCAAAAGCCACAGAGUGAUGAAGAGUCUACACUCAUGGCCUCAACUAAAGGGCCUAAAGUGAAACUGGCGACAGAUAGUCAUGUCACAGAGUCUGAAACGGAGAUUACUCUCACCGUGGGACGAAUAGUAGGCUCAGUGUAUGACAAGCAGGGCUUUCUGCUGAAGCUGGACACCAAGUUGCCCCUAGAGCUGGCCUACAAAUAUGGCAACCUCAGCGAGGGAGCGUGCAAGCAGGGCUACGCGGCGGCCAAGAUGACCACCAUCUACCCCACGUUCAUGAAACCAGCUCCGAUGUUUCUUGACCGAAAUUUUAAACGGCUAUCAAAAGUCAGCAAUUACUUGCCGCCUUUCGGUUUCAAAACGCAAGAGAGGAUCAUAGAGAUUAUUUUAACUUCAACAAAGCAAUAUGGACUUGGUGAAGAGCUGGACAGUUUGAGCUGUAAAAGAUGCAUUAUUGUAGGCAACGGAGGAAUCCUAGCAAACAAGUCCCUGGGGUCCCGGAUAGACGAAUACGACGUUGUCGUGAGGUUGAACGAGGCUCCGGUACAUGGCUACGUUAAGGACGUCGGGACCAAAACUACAAUGAGGAUAACGUAUCCAGAGGGGGCCAUCCAAAAGCCAGACCGAUACGAGAAGGACUCUCUCUUCGUCUUCUCUGCAUUCAAACCUCUGGACUUCAAGUGGCUCCGGCAGAUGGUCUUCAAGGAGAAGCCGCGGGGGACGGAGGGUUUCUGGAAGUCCGUGGCCCACUACGUGCCCCGGGAGCCGGUAGACAUGAGGAUCCUCAACCCCUACUUCAUCCAGGAGGCGGCCUUCCAGUUUAUAGGCCUUCCCCUCAACAACGGCCUGAUGGGCAAAGGGAACAUCCCCACCCUCGGAGCGGUUGCUAUCACCAUGGCGCUGCACAACUGUGACGAGGUGGCGGUGGCGGGCUUCGGCUAUGACAUGUUGACACCGCACGCGCCCCUGCACUACUACGAGACCGUCAAGAUGUCCGCCAUCAAAGAGUCGUGGACCCACAACAUAUCCAAGGAGAAGGACUUCCUCCGCAAGCUGGUAAGGGCCAAGGUCAUCACUGACCUGACCAAGGGCAUCUGACUGCACACCCUCGCUCACAGAGGUGUUGCCUGCCUUUCCCUCAAAGACCACGCCAAAUGGCAUGCUGGGAAAUGGAGUCAGAAUGGGGAGAAUGGACCUUCCCCCAUCAUACUCCUCCUCUUCCUCCUACCCCACCUAUCUCCCCCCCCCCCCCCCCCCCCCUGCUCUGCGGAGAUCUGGGGGUAAAGGAGGUGAGCUCACCGGCUGAGUUCCUAUCAAAGCAAGGAAUAUGAACUCAAGGCAGAUUAGCAAACACAACGGAUCAAGUGGGAGCAUUUAGGGGACAUAUGCACACACGUGCCUUCUGAACCAAAGGCUCCUGGCAGUCGGGGAGAACAUCUCCCUGCUCCCUGACCUGACGGAACAGGACCCACCUGGGUCCACCUAGGAGGGUCUCUACCUGGACACCAUCCCCGCUCCCCACAAUCACAUGACUGGACGACGAGGUGGCCUCACAGCGGCUCUAGAGCCGGGUUAACGGCUCACACCGACACGCUGCCUUCGGAUGGAAGGGAAGACGAACAUACACAGGGAGAGAGAGAGAGCGAGAGAGAGACAGCCACGGACAGCCAGGGGAGGAUUCAGCGGAUCAGCUGUGCCAAACGUACCUCGUACAAAAAAGGGAGAGGCCCACCCCAACCGCCCCCUCUCUUCCCCCCCCCCCCCCCCCAUGCUGCCUGAAUGUAUUCCCGUCCCAUACUGGAACUGUCAAACACGUGCACUGGGCUGCGCAGAUUCCACCCACCUGUGCUUUCUCUCUCUCCCUCUCUUCCCCCCUCUCUUUCUCCUUCUCUGCACGGGUGUGUUCCUCGGCAGUAUUCACCUCCGAUAGGAAUAUUAUCAUUUCUACUCCCCCCUCACUCCUCUGUUGGGCUGCCUGUGGCUCGCUGCGUACCUGCGGUGGCUACCUGAGUCCAAGCGCCACCCAAAGGGGCCAAAGGUUGAGAUUUACUUUCUAAUCAUCCUGAAUGACGGGGAAAAUAUCAAGGGUUUAUGAUUUAUUUUAAGUAUUUAUUUCAGGUGAUACGCGUUUUAAGAAAAGUUCCUAGGUUCCGGUGAUGGGCUGGUCUGAUAUUUUUAUUUUUAAUUGUUUUUUAUUUUACACAUUUUACAAUAAAGGCUUUUGUCUCUCUUCCAAGUGUGCUAAAAUGUGCUUCCUACAAGACGAUCAUCUGUGUGGGCGUAGCAUCAGCAGUGUUCCCACUAAAUCUACAGAUACAUCUCAUUGUUCGCUUUAAUUGACAGGAUGUUUUAAUUAGUGUUUUCAUGGGGCCUCUUUUUAAUUUUCCGCUUCGCAGGGACAUUGUGCUCGCACGGCUCUUGUUUGUCACGAGCUGGGCGCUUUUUUUAAGUGAUUCCUCAAAUGGGGCAAGAACCAAAUUACAGCGUUGUUAAACUUUCUGGUUAUUGUAAAAGUGGAGAACCUUUGCAGGCAUGCUCCGGGCCCACUUCUGCAGAAUCAUCUGCUUUUUUUCUUUUGCACGGAGAAAAGGUUUGUUGUUGGCAGGAGACAUAGGCAGAUUAAAAAGGUUGCAAAUGUUCAAGUGGAAAUCGUCUCUGGGAUUAUUUGAAGAAUACUGUGGUAAACAUUUCAGUAUUUAAAGCGUUGCUUUGUCGUCACAAGUGUCCAGUAUUACUCAACCCUCCUUGCCGCCUCUCUCUCGGCUCCCAACAACCAAUUCAGGAAUGUCUACAUGCUUGCUUUUCAUUUUAUGUCAUUAUCAGCUUUAAAUGGUGGUGGUGCUUUUUUAUAUGCUUUGCCAAAGCCAAGGCUUGUUUUUGUCUAUUCUUCCUGUUUGUCGUUUGUCAAUGAUUUUGUUUCCACUGCCUUCUUCUGUAGACUACAUAUUCCUAUUAAAACACACACGCACACACACUUCCAGCCCUCACUAUGGGUUAGUAGGCCUUAUUCCGCUAGCGGACAUCUUAGUGCUAACAUUUAUAGCGUUCUAUGUUUCUAGCGUUAAGAAACAAGAUGGCUGCUAGUGGAAUACGGCCCAAGGCUGCGCCUUCUUUUCUAAUUUUAAACAACAGACACAUCACAAGGCCUUUAUGUCCAUCUUACAGCUUUGUACGUUGAAUCCGUUUUGUUACCGUUCAGGUGAAAUAAGUGUCUGAUUCAUUAGUGGCACCACCUUCAGACUGCCUGAACUACUGGGUUUAACAAGGACUGCUCACGCUAUGGUACGGCGGACAACCUUCUCAAUAUAUUGCACUAAGAGAAGAGAAAUGUUGGGCUGAAGGAUGUUGGUUAAUAAACACUUCAGUUAAAUAACCAUUGUUACAUAGAUAUAUAUAUAUAUAGAUGUGUUGUGUAUAUAUAAAUAGUUGACACAUCGCCCUUUAUUAUUCCUAUGUGGGGAACAAUCAACUGUAAAAAGACAAAUCACAAGGUACCAUCGACUUCUCAACAGAAACUUGGAGACCAAACAGAGUUGUCGGCUGGUUUAAGCUCUCAUUUUCCUAAUGUGUCAUGAAUGCUGUACUGAACUGGAUAACCAAUCCUCCAUCUUCUCUUUAUAUCAACCCUGUCAUUUCAAGCAGAAUGUAUUUCCCUUCACUGACAAUUCAACUCCAUUUGAACUCCACUACUGGAAGUCUGCCGACAACGGAUCAAAAUUGCAAGCGUUAUUUUUUUGUAUUUUAUUUUUUUAAAUAUAUAUAGGCAUAUAUAUGUAUAUGUAUAUAUAUUGGAUGUAUACAUAUUUAUAUAUAUAUAGCUAUAAAAUUGCUUUGUUCUUUUCGGCUACUGAAUAAAUUGAGUUUGUAAAUGA